CGUUGUUAAAAGUUGACCUGUGUCGAUAAAGUAAAUUAAUUCAAUUUGGAAACCAAAGUUACGCGAAUGUUAAUCCCAUCUUUGUGAAUUAAUACAGUAAAGAAUAAACCUUAUUUUAUUGAAGUUGAAUAUUUCGUCAUAGCAUGGUAAGAUAAAACCAAUCGCUCCCCGAAAGAGAACUUAGAAUCGGCAACAUUGUAUUGCCUGAGGAACUUAUGCAGUGUUAUGAUGGCCGUUGCGGCUCAACGAAUUGACGGUAGUUAGCUCAGCAGUACCGGCGGGUUCCCAAAAGUGGGUGGGACCUGUAUCACCUACACAAACGAUGGCAGCGCCGCCAGCGCCAGGAAAUUUGAAUUUUUGAUUGCCAGAUUUAUCUGAAGUGAUGUUAUAACUGUCCCACAAUGGAGGAUUAUGAGCAGAAGAUCAAUUCUGGGAAUGUCUUCUUACAGAGUCAGGCAGUCACAAAGCUGCAUUCAAAAGCUUUGGACAACAAGGCAGAUGGGACUUCUUUGUAUGAGUCAGAAGAAGUUAAAUGCCUUUGGCAGACAGCCAACAAGGGAGAUGUCACAGAGGCUACAUUAGCCGUUGAAACAAUAAUCUCCCUGGUUAGAAGUGGGAAUCUACCGAUGCCAGCUACUUUACAAAAUUUCUUAGCUGAUGUUACUUGUGCAAAGUCCCCAGGUGCCCUUGUUCAAGGAGUAACGGAAAUAUUGCUGUUGCUCUCGGUAGCAGAAUCAGAAUCGUCGGAUGGAAAGAUACAGUGUCCUUUUACAGGUCCUCCAAAAGGUGCAACACAUCCAUUUGUUACUCUCAUUACUAAAAGGCCUGAUUUAACAUCAGCUGUUAUAGAAGAAGUAGCCAGUUUAUUGAGACAUCCUGACCCAAAGCUAAGAUCUUGCAGUAUGCUCCAUGUACGACCACUGAUUUUACAUACAUUUUGUUUGACUGAAAAUAUGCUGCCAGUUACACGUCCGCUUUUAUCUCUCAUUGUUAGUGCACAUAACCCAGCUAGUCUAGACUUUAUUCCUCUCCUGUGCAGAGUUCUCACUCUGAUUAAGGGCACCAGCAAGGAUCACAUAGAACGCAAAGUUCUGAUUUUAUCAGCUUUAGCAGAGAUUUCUCUGAGUGACAACUCAACCAGACUUCAGGAAGCUCUUUUGCCCUGCCUUGUUAUGACAAUACCCAUUACUCUGAAAACAGGUCUUGGGACUAGGACGUUAGAACGAUAUAUUAACUCUAUAGCCUCCCGAGUUGGACGAGGAUGUGACAUAACAGUAUGUGCUCUAGCUGAAGCUCUUCCUUCAACAUCUGGGCAGUUGCAAGUUAACUUGCUUAAAUUAGGAGCCACACUUCUCUCAAAUAAGGAUGGGAACCCCCUCAUAGGUGCCAGACUUUUACCAUCUCUUCUCCAGGUACUUUCAGCACCAUGUACUAGUAUCCCUGGUUUAACUACAGCUGCUGCAGCUCUUGUCUCUCUUAUACAAGCAACACCUUCCCAAGUCUCAGCCAAUACUCAGUUAGCAGGAAAUCCUUAUUGGGACACACUCUGUUGCACUUAUUCAAGUUUGGUUUCAUAUAUUCCUGCCUUGGAAUUUUCUGACCGUUUAGUCAGAGAUCCACAGCAGGCAUCUGACUGGCUCAUGAAACUAGCAACAUCUACUAACCAGAUAUCUGUUUUCCACUAUACUAUUGUGACAUCUGUGUUCUUGUAUCAAGGAUCUACUACUCAGUCAGUUCAAGAAGCAACCAGAGUUCUGGAACGUGAAGUGAUGAAGAAGAAAACAUUGUCCCUUGAGGUAUUUCCAAUGAUCUUGUAUCGUUUGGGCCGUGAACCUGACCCGACAACUCGCCUGACAAUUCUUUAUACUCUUCCAUCAUUGGCUGUAAACAAGUUGUGUGUUGCUUUAGUACUGAAAACACUCCUGGCACUUUGGGCAUCUGGGUCUCUGCGUCCGCUUGUUCUACGUCUGGUAUAUGAUCUGUGGACUGUUGAACCAAGAACUUACACCUAUCUUUCCCAGCUGAUCCAUGACAAGUCCAUUAAUAGCAACGAGAUUCAAAUUGCACGUGCUUAUGUAAUUGCAAGUGUUUGCAAGUCAAAACCCUCACAGCAUGGCGAAGAACUCUUGCCACUGCUCUCUGGAUUCCUGAAUGAAUGCAAAGGUGAUAAUGAAAUUGCUCAGACAUUAAUAGCUUUGGAUGGAAUUUAUGAACUUUGCUCAAACAAGAUAAUAGACCUGCGCACAACAUGGCGUGUCAUUGCACCAAAGCUGGUUCGAGAUAGACGGCCUGAAGUUACAGCCAAACUCUGUCAGCUGUUGAGUCUUGUCCCAGAUCUUCAUGUUGCCAGCACUGAAUAUGAAAAAUUCAUCGAAGACACCCUAACUAUUCUUUGGAACUGGGCCACUAACCGCCGCUCCCUUGUAGUGGUUGAGGCAGCUUUUAAAGCUUUAGAAAAAUUCAAUUAUGAGAGUUUUACCUUGAAAAUGCUUCCAAAAUAUGCCAAAGAAGGUCACCAGUUACCUCCUAGUAUGGCAGCAACACCUGUUGAAGCAGCUCGGAAGCCUGAAGACGUACUAAAGUAUAUUCCUUCUCUAGGUUGGAUUAAAUUAAUGAAAGGCUGCCCUGAGUCUCAUCUCAAUUAUAUAGAAUCUUUUAUCAAAUCAUUAGUGGCUCGAGAAGUUGCAGGUCUUCCCAAAGGUAUCUACAUGACAGCUAUUCAAGAAGCUAAGCGAAGAGGUGUCAAGGGUAGUGGUGGUCAGCCAGAACCUCCUUCCUAUAGCUUUUUCAAAGAUUCUUCUGUGUUAAAGGGGUUGAUAAACUUUUUACUUGAAUUUCCAUCAUUAAUGGAUGGUUGUGAAGUUUCAGAAGAAAAGACAAGACUUCUGCAGUGUAGUGUGUUAGUACUAGAAGCCCUUGGCCAAAGUCUUCCUCGGCCAUAUCCAGCUUUGGAUUGGGUGCUACUUGGGAAGGUUCUCACUAUUGCUCAAGCAACAUGCCAUGUUGACUGGACUGCAAAAAUUCGACAUAACAUCUUCAGGAUAUCUGCACAACAAUGUAAUAAGUCACCAUCUGCAAUUGCCCUAAUUAGUCAGUGGCUUGUACCAUCUCCGGCAAAUGGUUUGACAAGAGAAGAUGAGAUAGUUUUGUUUGGUUUAAUGGAACACCUUGGAAGAGGGUUGCCACCAACAAGUUUGCAACCUUUUAUUGCAUAUGUAUUCACACAACGCGUAUCUGACACGUAUCACAUGAAAGCUUUGCUUGAGGCUUUGAAGCCAAAUCUCACAGCAGAUUUUAUCUUCGACACAAAUAGGAAUGUUCUUAGUAAUGCAAUUGAGGGAUUAAAUGAACACAUAGAUCCAGGAAAUAACAUACUGUAUUCAGCUUAUAAAGCAUGUGUUGCAGACUUGCCACAGAAACACAUAGAAAGACUUACUUCACCUUCUCUUUGGUGGGAGGUUACUGAUGAACGCUUAUACAGGGCAGCUGUCCUUCGUUGUCAUGUUGCAGAGCAAGAUCCCGCAGAAAUGGCUUUGCCUUGGCUCAAUGACCUGGUGGAUUCUGCUGCAGGCUUGCCUGGAGAUCGCUCACAUUUGCUACGUGUCAUGUCAAGUACUCUUGUUAUACGUUGUCAGGUGAAAGAAAGCACUACUUGGUUAUUGCAGUUACUUGGAAGGCUUCGAGAUAACUUGAAGAAAAACCCUGGAGACAACCUUGUUGCAGCUCAUGAACAACAACAGAGAAUUUCAUUUUAUUUUGAUCUGUUGGUAAUGGCAAUUGUUGUCUGGUCUGGACUUUGGGCAACUAAUCAUAUGGAAGUCCUUACAGAAAAGCCCACGUUACGUGAUCGAUUACUGCUCCCUUCUCUUGUGACUUUGUCAGGGCAACCUGCUUGGACAAAGACUCUUAAUCAGAUUUUGAACUGGCUGGUGUCAUGUCAUUCAUUACUGCAUAAUUAUGUGUCAUCUCGUUAUCAUUUAGGUUCUCCAACACUUCUCCUAGCAACUUUGAAUCCUGAUCUUACACAAGCUACUUGGAAUAAAGUAAUUUCUUUAUUAAUCUGAACGAUUGACACUGAUGAAGUGUAUUAUCUCCUAGUCUUAACCUUGAAAACAGGGGCACAGAACUGUGCUCUUGACACUUAAUUUUGUUUUAAGACUUGAAAAUAUACAAUGUAAUAUGCAGAUGUAUGAAUAUUCAGCACCUAAUUCCUGAUAAAUAUAUGCCUAUAUGUAAAUGCAUUUAA